CCUUCCCCGUCUCUUCGUUUUUCUCUGUGAGAAACAAAUAUGGCAGCGCCAUUAUUCUUCCUACUCCACUCUACCCUUCUGUUCACACUAAUCUUCGUACUUCUCCUGCCACAAGUUACUUCUCACUACUUAUCUUCCUCUUCUUCAGCCUCCUCUCCUUCCGCCUACUCCCAGCAGCUGUCGGAGUGGCGGUCCGCGCGCGCUACCUACUACGCGGCCUCGGAUCCACGGGAUGCAGUGGGCGGCGCGUGCGGGUACGGUGACCUGGUCAAGGCCGGGUAUGGAAUGGCGACGGUGGGUUUGAGUGAGUCUCUGUUCGAGCGCGGGCAGAUCUGCGGCGCGUGUUUCGAGCUCCGGUGCGUGGACGACUUGCGGUGGUGCAUUCCCGGAACUUCCAUUAUCGUCACUGCUACUAAUUUCUGUGCGCCUAAUUACGGUUUUGAUGCCGACGGUGGAGGGCACUGCAAUCCUCCGAACAAACACUUUGUUCUCCCAAUCGAGGCAUUUGAGAAGAUCGCUGUCUGGAAAGCUGGUAACAUGCCGGUCCAGUAUCGCCGGAUAAAGUGCAGAAAGGAGGGAGGCAUCAGGUUUGCAAUCGAUGGUGGAGGUAUUUUCAUUUCAGUGUUAAUCAGCAACGUAGCUGGGGCUGGAGAUAUAGCUUCGGUGAAGAUCAAGGGAUCGAGAACUGGAUGGCUUUCAAUGGGUCGGAACUGGGGUCAAAACUGGCAUAUAAAUGCUGACUUGAAAAACCAACCCCUCUCAUUUGAAGUCACUAGUAGUGAUGGGAGUAGAAUCUUGUCUUACAAUGUGGCUCCCAAAGACUGGAACUUUGGACAGACCUUUGAAGGCAAGCAAUUCGAGUCAUGAUGAGAACUUCCAGCGAUGAACUGAAUAGAGGUAAAUCAUGUAGACAAGAUAAUUCUUUUCUUUUUUCUUUUUCUUUUCAUUUUCCUUUUCUUUAACCAAUUGGAGGGUGGUGGUAGCCGGUAAGUGUAUGAUGUGCCGGAUUUUUAUUCGUGGAGGAAAUUGAUAUUAGGUUGAUGAGCA